AUGAUGGACAUCAAGGGGAAGGAAGUUGUUUCUCUUGGGGAAACCAGACAGCAUACAGAAAUCAAAGGUAUUUGUGUCCUUGUUGUGAAUGAUGAUGUUACAUGCAGUAAUAUAGUUUCUGAGAUGCUUCGAUACUGCAAUUUUGAAGUAUUGCAUGUUGGAGGUUUUCUGGAUGUUCUCAGUGCAACAUGGGAGAUAAAGGAGAGACUUGAUCAUGUAAUCACCAAUGUUCAUAAUUUACAGCCGAAUGGCCCUGUGGUCGCGCAUCAUAUUGAGGAGAAGUUAAAUGUGCAUGUCUUGUUGAUGGAUCAUCAUGGCGAAAAGAUCAAGUCGAAUGGGAAACCAGUUUCUUUUGCAGCAUAUUUUGUACACGGGUUGAGUAUGAACGACUUGGAUAGACUUUGGCAAUAUGCAUUAGUGAAGGAGAAAUCUGCAGCCAAUCAAGAACAAAAUGUUGGAUGGCCAUCUAAGCCUACCUCGAUGACUGUGAUAAAGAAUACGAUUUCUCUGUUGAAAAAGAGGCCGAGGGAGAAACUUGAGAAGGCCAAAGAGGGUAAAGGGGCAUCCCCUUCUGUAGUGAAGAAACCGAGGGUUGUUUGGACUGCAGAAAUGCAUAAAAAAUUCUUGGAAGCCAUUGAAAUCAUAGGAUAUGAGAAGGCAGUUCCCAAGAAAAUAGUUGAAGCUAUGGAUGUUCCAGGGCUUACUAGGGAGAAUGUUGCCAGUCAUUUACAGAAGUUUCGCGGUAGCUUGAAACGAACUCAGGAAGUCCCCGGGGGUUCACUUUCUGGCGGGAGUACAGCGAAGGAAUUUAAGGGCUUGGCUGUCCUACCGGCGCUGUCAUCUUUAUAUACCAACAUUGAAAUUAAUAUUGCAGGAGAUUGGCUGCAACUCCUUAACUUAGAUCUUGAUUCCCGACCAUAUGAUGAUCAUGUUUCUAACAUGCUUCCAAGGUUGCCUGGAGAUUGGAGUCAGCCUAAUAGCAGUGCAUUUGUUGGCUAUCGAUUGGCAAGUGAUGGAAAGUCGAUUGAGUUUGGCGAACACCAAGCUUCAGUCGAUCUGACUGCGGCGCCUUCCAACUCAGCCAUGCUAUUACCUUCCGAUGAAAAACUUUUCUUGGCUGCCCUGGAAGCACAUGGGGAUGAGUUGUGGGGACAAAGUGUGGCGACGGCGACAUUCUUUCCCAGCAUUUCCCAGCUACCUUAUUCUCCAUCUUCAUGUCCGCAGAGUAUCCAAGAGUUAGAUGCCUUAUUUGAAUACAAUGUGAUCGAUGAUAAUUAGGAUUAGAACAUCUUCUUCCUCUUCAGCAAUGGUGUAUAAUUUACAGAUUCAAAUUGUUUUAGGGCUGACUAAGUUCUCGUGUACAUGUAUUUGCAAUAUGUUCUCUAUUGAA